AUGUUUUUAGCCACCCGCCACAUUAACAAUGUUUUUGGCAAUAGUUCAGAUAUUGAGUUAAAGCAUAAUGGCGGAUCUCCUGGAUUUAUCCUAGCUUAUGAAGAAAACGGAAGUACAUAUAUCGUUAUUCCAGACUUUUCGGGAAACCGAUUCUAUCAAUCUCUUGGAAAUAUUGGAAAUGAUAGAGUUGCUGGUGUUGUCUUCCCUUGUUUUGCCACUGGUGAUAUGCUUCAUGUGACUGGUAUUGCUGAAAAUAUUUAUGAUGAUGAAGCCGAACGUAUUAUGCCUCAAGAAAAUGCUUCAUUUAAACCUGGAGGAUUCAUGGUUUUCGAUUUCGCACAUUUGAUUCAAAGAGAAUAUCGUCACAUGGGCAAUCGCAAACCAAUACCAAUCAACGAUGACUACGUUAGAACAUGGUCUAUUUCUUCAUCACCACCAUUUGAUCCAAAUACGAAUACAUUCCAAGCGACAAAUAAAGUAUCAUGCACCCUCAAGCAUCAACGUCAUGGUGUUAUAUCUUCUUUGUUGCAUUCUCGCUCAGUGGAUCAGCAGCCACCACUGUGUACCAAGUUCUUUGGAGUGGGAGGUGAAUUCACCUGUUUCGAUGAAUCUAAUCAAACUUCCCAAAAACUUUUAUUUCUUGCUGAUGGCAUAGGCUUCACACCCUUCUUGGCUAUGUUCGAAGCUCUGACUCAAACCAAACAGAAGGUUGAUAUCGCCGUUUUAUUUGCUGGUCGUGGUGAUGAAAUAGAUCUACUCAAACACUUGAUACCAGCUGAUAUUGUUUCACCCAUGUCGAACAUUCCGACCACUGGAUCCCGUAGGAUACUCCAGAAAAUAUGCGGGAAAGUCGCCAUAUCCUGCAGGAAAACAUGGAAAAUCACUGGAACAUGGAAGCAACAUUCCGGUAAAAAAUACGGCCGAACUUUUCCGGUCGAUUCCUGCCAAGCUGCGGUGCUUUCCAGCAGGAAUUGA